AUGAAAAAACUGUAUGGCAUUAUAACGGAUGCUACGUGCGAAAAGAGUAACAAAGGUAGUUCAGCUGCAAUACUUGCUAUUCCUCUAACUGCUACUAUUGCCAGAAGCGUUAACAAGCAUCUCAAUUGUCAAAGAAACUGUGCCAGGAGCAUGCUCAGAUCCUCACAAAUGUGGACAGUCUGCGGCGUGUUGAAGCACAUGUUGCCGCAUAAAAUGAUGAGGGAGACCAAAGAAGUAGAUGCUGCCAAGACAUCUUUGGGCAAUUUGCCGCUUCAAGGUACCACAAUCUGUGAGGAUACAGUCUUCGAGUUGGGAAGUGUAGACAACGAUAGAAGAGGAAAUACCGAAAAGGAACAUAGAUCAUCAUAA